AUGAACACUCCCAAUACCACCACCAACCAGCAGCACAUGGGGGCAGAGCGCCAAAACGGCGCCAACGAAGACGAAACCGCUGCGGAAGCGGUCCUCGAGCAGCCCGGCGCGGUGCAAGCAGCCGCCGGGGCCACGGACGGCGCGGCAUCCGGGCACCAGGGCCCCGUCCCCGGCUGGUAUACCCUUGCCAGGUUCGCCCUGCGUGGGGAUGCCGCCGCCGGAGAGCAAGGCGCCGCCGCCGCGCUGCGAGACCGAGUCUGGGAGUACACCCAGCUCGAGCGCACCGCGCGCAUCAUGGUAACGGCCCUGCGGCGCAUGGUACGGGACCGCGAGCUCGAGAUUGACGACCUGGUCAACGAGGUCGACGACCACGAGGCCGUCGCCGAGAGGCUCCGGGGCCUCGUCAUGGUCCUGCGGCUCUACGCCGAGGAGCAGGCCGGCACCAUCGCCGCCGUCGCCGCCGAGCGCGACGCCCUCAGGGCUCGCUGCGCCGAGUUGGAGGCUGCCGCCGCCGACGACGCGGCCGCCAUGUGGUAA